CUAUUUAAUGAUGAAUUCACUUAAUUAUGAGAUAACAUCAACUCCGCUUUGCUGCUCCUAUUACGAUGAUGGCGAAUUCAUUUGCAGAAUUCGAUUGAACUCAGAACGUGAAACAUCACGGGACACAUGUUUCUGUUUUCUACUCUGCAACCAAUUCUGACAGCAUUCACACAUUUGAAUACCCACUAAAAUUAUUAUGGUUAGCAAUUGUACAAAUCUUUUCACUUAGUAUUCUCAGAUAUAUUCUCCUUCUCUUUCUCUGGUACUUCGUCGGGGGUUCCGGUUGUCCCGAUCAAAGGAAGAACUUGGUCGUGGGAAAGACGUGCAAGCAGCUGAGCACUCCACAGACACGGAUACACUUAACAUAGAUCUCAAGCAGAUUCAUCCUGACACAUAAUGUGACAUUGCUGACCCUUUGAAAUAGAAAUACUAUUCAUAUUUGCCAGCUAAAUGGACUGGAGCAACGUGAAAUAAAAUCUGUUGCUCAAGGAUACAACACGCCACCGUGACUCGACCUCACGAUCCAACGAUCGUGAACCGAAUGUCCCACCCACUAAGACGCUACAUUAUGUGGGAGAAGUGUUUACAUGGAAUAAGUCUAGACUGUGUUCAUUAUUUCUCUUUCCGUUUUGGCAUGCUCUGUUAUCCAAAAUUCCUCCGUAACAUCAACACUAACGCCAAUGAUGACACAACAGGUGGGAGCACCAGCAACGACAACAAGAACACAGACGAAAAGAAAACUGAUAACAAAGACAAGACGGACAAGAAAGAAAAGACGGACAAGAAAGAAAAGACGGACAAGAAAGAAAAGACGGACAAGAAAGAAAAGACGGACAAGAAAGAAAAGACGGACAAGAAAGAAAAGACGGACACGAAAGACAAUGCAGGCAACGAAGACAAGAAACCUGAUGAGGGGAAAGAUAAGGCUCCUGGGCUUUAGUGAAUAUUCAGCAAAUCUGUUGUAAACUUGUUUUAUUAUUAAAAGAUAUUUAUACAAAUAAAGAUAAAUGCCAAAUAUCUCAAUGCA